CCCAAUAUUUAGUUAUAUUUAUAUUUGUCUUUGUUUCCCUUUCCCUCAUGGCUCUGCUCCAUCCAUUCUCUUGCAAAUCCUCCAUGGCUCCCAUUCUCCUGCUCAUUGUGUUGUUUCACAUUGCAGGGGUACAAUCCAUUGGAGUUUGUUACGGGAGAAAUGGCGACAAUUUACCUGACGCCACAACUACCAUAAACCUGUAUAAGAGUAAUGGCAUCCGAGGGCUGCGACUCUACGAACCCGACACCAACGUCUUCGAAGCUCUCAGAGGAACCAACAUCGAUGUCAUCCUCUAUGUUCCCAACCCUAGCCUCCAAGACCUAACCGACCCGGCCGGAGCAAGAGAUUGGGUCCAAAGAAAUAUAGUCCCCUAUUAUCCGGCCGUCAACUUCAAAUACAUCGCCGUCGGGAACGAGGUGUACGCUAAAAAUAGUGAUACUAAUCAAUACGUCAACUACGUUCUGCCGGCCUUGACAAACGUUCACAACGCGUUAUCGGACGCCGGUUAUAACGGCCGCAUCAAGGCCUCCACCGCCACCUUCUCCGCCGUGUUAGCCGACACCGUUCCGCCCAGUAAUAGCGUCUUCAAUGCAGACGCCGCGGGCGUAAUGAACCCCGUCGUCGGAUUCCUCGCACAAAACAACUUACCCUUGCUGGCCAACAUUUACCCUUAUUUCAGCCACCGAGACGACCCCAAUAACGUCCCCCUCCCCUUCGCUUUGUUCACCGAGCCCAACCAAAAUUCCGCCGGCUACCGCAACCUCUUCGACGCGCUCCUCGACUCCAUGUACUUCGCCGUUCAGAAGGCCGGCGGCCCCAACAUACCCAUUAUUGUCUCGGAAAGCGGCUGGCCGUCCGACGGCGGCUUAGCAGCGACAACGCAGAAUGCUAACACGUACUAUAGCAAUCUCAUUUCACAUGUUAACGGAAAUUCUGGGACUCCGAUGAAGCCCGGAACAUCAAUUGAGACUUUCCUUUUUGCCAUGUUCGAUGAAAACGUGAAACGUGGUGAUGAAGUGGAGAGGCAUUUUGGGCUUUUUAGUCCAGACAAGAGUCCGAAGUAUCAGCUUAACUUCAACUGAGCUUAUAAAAAUAUAAUAAUAUAUGGGACAAAAAUAAAUUCCAAAACUUUCACUGUAUGUCGUAUUUCCCGACAGCGAGUAAGACAAUAAGCAAUAUAUGUUAUUAUUACAGUAUAUUAUUAAGUUCCAUAUGCUGUAAGAAUGUAUGUACGCGUUUGAGUAAUAAUAAACUUUGUGUUUUACAUUA